AUGAGUGGUUGUGAUGCAACUUCAGCACCUUACAACCAAGGAAAGUUAAAGUUCGUGAAAACUAUCACCAAAAACCCCAACAUUGCCGAUGUUGUGAGUGUGCUCAAAAACUCUGAGGCAACUCCAGAAAGCAUUGCAGCAGCAGGGGAAAGAUUCCUAGUCAACGUGUACGGCUGCACAGGAAGGACUGAACCGUCGAUAAACCGUCUGAGGAAUAUUAAUUAUAAAAAGGCAGCUUUCAAGACUUCAUCAAAAAAAGCUGCACUACCACCAUCAGCUGCUGCAGCCACACAGCAAAGUUUCAGGGUAUAUCUCCAGGUUGUCGAGAGAGCGAAUACUGCUUUGCAAGGAUCUCCUCAGACUCAAAGUAUUGCUAAAAUAACGAUAGAAAGCAUCAAUUUGAAAGUGCCACAUCUCACACCCAACGAUGACAUAAAGUUGCAGUUGUUGACACGUAUCAAAGCAGAUGAGUCUAUGAUGAUACCGUUUCGCCGAUGGGAAUUGCACGAGCUACCAGCACUCACACAAGGAUCUACCAUAGAAAUCUGGUCCGUCAAGACAUGUUCUGCAUUGGACAGUCCAAGAUAUGUUAUAGUAUUUUUCCAAACGAAAAAAGCCGAUAAUUUGCAUGAAGACGUCACCUUGUUCGAUAAUGCCAACAUCAAAUCCAUACGAUUGGCUCUGAAUAGCGACUAUUAUCCGCAAGAACGAAUGCUAUUGGACUUUUCCAAAGACCAAUAUGCCGACGCCCACUUCAACUAUACAGAGUUCAACAAGAGCUACCAUAACAGUCAAGAAAAGCGCUCUCUAGUAAACUUUGCCGAAUUCAAAUCCCGACCAAUGUUUGUUAUCGAUUGCUCGAGGCGCCAUCUGGGUCUAAAGUCGUCCACAGUUGACAUAAAACACAAAGGAAUGAAUGCAUACAUAAGAGGAAAUAAACUAGUUAUAAACAAAGACAUAUACUCCUUGGAAGAACUCGAUACUGAAGAUUACCAUAAUAUCGUAGAAGCUGAGAGAGCAAGCAGUGCCCCACCAACACCAAUAGCUGCAAAGUCAUUGGAAAGAAACCAAAACGAAACAGAAAACCCACAGAUUCCCGAGUUUCACAAAUUCCUGAAAGAUGAGAAACAACAAGAAGAGCAACUACAGAUAGAUAUGCCAGAAGAGACAAGUGAACAAGAAACUGUCAGUCAUCCAUACCGACUAGGAAUGGAAUGA